AGAAAAGGUAUUUUAAAGGUUGCGAUAUCAUACUUCUUAUUUUAUUAUCGAGAUUCUGAACGCCAUCUUUACUUGAAACAUCCAUGACGUGAUUUCACGCCUCCUUCAACAACACAAAUAUAAGAACAACCGCUAAGUGCCAAGACUCUCAUCUUUCGCCAGGAAAACAGAGAGUUACCUCACUUGUUUAUUUUGCCAAUCAAUUAUUGCAAACUCUGAAAAUGUCGGGUUAUGCACAGAACGAGCGUGGUCAGGGCAUGUCUCACGCCACAGCCCCCUCCAAACUCUCCGAAGGUGUUCAGCGACAAAUGCCAAAGGGUCUUGAACAUGCACUCCCUGAAUCUAUUCAUCCCACUGAGUCUACGCCUAGCUCAUCCGGCGGCAUCUCACAUGCGAAGGGCGGGGAGGCAUCCAUGUUACCAGAAAAAGUUCAGGAAAAUUUGCCUGAAGGGGUGAAGAGCGCCAUUCCCAGUGCUAUCCAUGAUACUGGAGACAAAGGCGAGUCGAAUGACAAGCAUUGAAGCGGUUACUGUGUCUGCGUUCUGUCAUGCAAGGUGGUCAAGAACAGUCGGAGGGAGUAAAUGAUUUCAUUUCAAUUUACUGAUGUGUUGCUUGCGAUAUGACAUUGCGUGUAGGGGAGGAUUAAUGAAACAUGAGUCGAGAUGUUAUACAUGAGUGAUGUGAAGUCCCGGUUUUAGCAGCGUGUGCGGCUUGACCACUACGCAAACCCAUUGACCUACAAAUACAAAAAAAGACCAGUUGCCAGGAUGAGCACUGCAGUGAUUCCAUGGUUAAUGCUAGCACUAGCAGCCUUCUCUUCUGCCUCGCCCUGAAC